AUGUUUGAAAUUACAAGAACUCAUGCAACCAUGAGCCAGAGAGACGUGCCAGGAAUGACAAAAGCUCUGCUUCCAGUACUGCAGGCACGAGGAGUUAAAGCGAUAUCUGUAGGAGUCAACCCUGGAACGGCCCCACCAGAUGUCCCAUCUCCUUUUGUGUGGAAGCUUAAAGCCUCAGAUCCAGAUGGAAUCAUGGCUUUUUGGGUUAAAGGUGGCUAUCCACUGAACCCUGGACCCUACCCUGCUCAGCCUAUAGGCCUUGCCAAAGAUAAAUGCAUCAGUGCUCCAGGACUGUCGGAAGUUUUGUGUUUUGCAUUUAGGACAGACAACACUGGGCCGCCUGUUACCGUAGAGGAAGUUCUUGGCUACUAUGAAAUCCUUCGAGCUGAAUAUCCAGGAGCUGAGCUCGUGGCUUCAACUUUUGACAACUUUGUCAAAGUUCUGGAGACUGUGAAGCCAUCGUUGCCUGUUCAAACUUUUGAAGUUGGUGACACCUGGAUUCAAGGCAUCACUUCUGACCCAAAGAAAUGUGCUAUGUAUCGAGCGUUUGUUCGGGCCUGGGAGAGUUGUGCAGAAUUGGGUGUGUGUGACGAUACAGAUCAAAGAAUUCAAGACAUGCUACGGUUCCUGAUCAAAUUGCCAGAACACACAUGGGGAGCUCAUAAUUUCCUUGACAACGGUAACUGGACCAAUCAGGAACUAGCUAUUGCUAGGCAGUCGGAGACAUACAAGUCAACUGAGAACACUUGGAAAGAACAGCGACAGUUCUUGGACUUUGCUUUGAAUGCCCUGAAAGACCACCCUUUGAGUAGGAUGGUUCAGGAUGAAUACAAGGACUUGCAAGCCAGCGUGCCUGAUCUCAGUGAUUAUGCUCAAGCCUCAGUGGGUGUGAACUAUGUGUGCCCUAGUGGUGUGAUUGUCCAGUUCAACAGCAACGGGUCUCUCAGUAGACUGUACGAUCCAGUUAAUAAGCGUGAAUGGGCAAAUGCAUCAUCUCCUCUCGGCCAGCUGAGGUAUGAUACAUACGUGGAACAGGAUUUCAUAGACAUGGCCAAGCUGUACAACUACGUGGCUGGGGUUGGUUAUGACAAGCCUAAUGUCACCCAGUAUGCACAUCCAGAAAAGAGAAGAUGGGAGAUAACUGCCCUCAGCUUGUAUUCACAAGUAAACAGCACAAGCUGUGACUUCUGGGUAAAAGCAACUACAUCAGACAACCAGACAAGAACAAAGUAUGGUGCUCCGGAGGUAUUCUACGUGAGAUAUGUAUCCGACGUCAGUAAUCCAGGGCUGGAUAUUACUUUGCUUAUGAUGGGCAAGGUCACAACAAGGUUACCUGAGUCCAUCUCAUUCAACUUUUCACCACUAAACUUGUACAACUCUGCCUGGUCUAUCAGCAAAAUGAACCAGAGUAUCGACCCUUGUGAUGUUGUGCUGAAUGGUAGCCAGUAUGUUCAUGGAGUAGAAAAAGGUGUCAGUCUUCUCAAUGAAGCUGGAAAAGGCCUCCAAAUUCUCACUACAGAUGUUCCAGUUGUUAACAUUGGCACAACCAGCCAUGUGGAUUCACCGUUUCCAGUUCCUCUACAGCCGUUUGAGUGUUCCACAAUUACAACAAUGUCAUUCAAUCUUUACAAUAACAUUUGGAAUACAAACUAUAUUUACUGGUAUCCUUACAUUGCAGAGGAUGCUGAUUUUAAAGCGAGGUUUGCCAUUCGAUUUGUGUAA